UGCCAGUCCCCCUCCCUCACACACCCUCGCUCAGUCAACCUGCUGUUCUCUGCUGUUCUGGCAAUUGAUUAUCAUGCUGUUGUGAAUCAGAGAGAUGUUGCACAACGCCCUAACCAUCGUGAACACGGAUAGAGGGUUUCUGUAGCGUAUCGCCAAGUCUGAGUGUCAGUGAAGUGCCAGUGACGUGUCGUUGCAGACUAAAGGGGUAAGGGAACCGAUACGUACAGUACAUUACCGCAGCAAGUACGCGAACCUAGUGGAAUGUGAAGCGACCUGCUGUAGUCACAUGCUGAGCCCCCGGUGUUUCGCGUGUGAUUUCGCCCUGUUAUUGCCUGCCAAAGCAAUACACUGCCAAUGAAGAGAAAGAAAAAGAAGAAAAAAAUACAGGAAUAUUGGACUACCCCCCCCUAACCCCGUCCACCCUCCCCGACGACAGACCAAUAUCCGUGUCAAGAAGCGGUCUCAUUUGUGCGUGUCAAAAAAAAAGAAAAUAAAAUAAAGAGAGAACAAAAAAUACUUUCCGAAAUUACCACGAGAAAUGUAAAUAGAAAAUCCAAAAUGCUUAACCACAUCACCAAGAAUAUCGCCCCAACCUUCUUCCUCGAUGCAUACUUCUCCGAAUGUAAUCCAGUGACAAUGGAAUACGGAACUUGAAGAAAGGAGAAAAAAAAGACAUUUUCCCAGAAAAGAGACGAAAAUAAUAGAUAAGCAUACGAAUAUAAAAAGAAAGGAAAACAGCGGAAAGCUCAGGUCGACAACUGGAUAAUUAGCAACACGUGACGAAGUGCAACACGUGAUCGAGUGCAGUGAUGACAACAAGCUUUGAAGACGUGUUGGCGAAGCUGGAAUCGGGGCCCUGGAAUUGGCUGAUAUUUCUGCUCUGUUCCUUAUGGGGUCUCUUCGGUGGCAUGCAGACGGUGGCUACGGCAUUCCUCAGUCCCGUGACAGACCACUGGUGUCAUAUCCCUGAACUUCAUGCCGCCAACUGGACUAAGGAGCAGAUAUGGAAUUAUUCAUUACCGAUGACGACGCUGGGAGGCGAAGCUCACCAUGCCCAGUGUGAGAUGUACGUGAGGGAAUACAGCCUCGUGACUAAGCUGACUUGGGACGAAGCUUUACUUUCUCUUCCUGAAGGCGAGGGAGAGAGCGAGCUUCAGCGGCGGCCUUGCGUCAGCUGGGAUUAUGAUACUGAAGUCUUCAACACUACGCUUAUUUCGGAGUGGGACUUGGUGUGCGGGAAAGAAGGACUCAAGUCGCUGAUCCAGAGCAUCUUCAUGGUGGGCGUGUUCUUUGGAGCCCCGCUGGGAGGGUACUUCGCUGACAGAUAUGGCAGGAAGAAGCUCAUGACAGGAUCUCUGUGGGUGUUCAUCCUGGUCUCCAUCACAGGUUCCUUCUCGCCAUACUACCAGCUUUUCCUACUCUGCCGUUUCCUCAUAGCCUUCACGGGGAACAUCGUCUACCAGACUUCCUACAUCAUCGCGGUGGAGUCCUGCACAGCCCGGCAGAGAGGCGUCGUGGGGAUCCUGUUUUCGGUGCCUUUUGCUUUAGGAGUCAUGGCACUUCCUGUUGUUGCUUUCCACGUCCGGCAGUGGCGCUUGCUACACCUUGCAAUGUCGGUGCCUGUGAUUGUGCUCAUCACCAAUACCAUCUUGCUACCGGAGUCUCCCAGGUGGCUCGUUCAGGCCGGCAGAUGGAGUGAAGCGGAGAAGGAACUGCAGAGGGCGGCCAGGUGGAACGGGAGGAAGCCCUUCGACUCCAGCUGGCUUCUUGCGACUCUUAAGGAAAUGCAGACAGAAGAAAUCCCAAAAGACGAGGCCCCGGAGCCAGACGGCCCCUCCCCCCCCGCCUCCUCCUCUCUGACCGACACGUGCAAGGGCGCCCUGCGAGGCCUGAUGGUGUUCCUGAGGACGCCCGUGUUACGAAGGAUCUCCCUCGUUAUGUACUUCGACUGGCUGGUGUGCACGAUGGUUUACUACGGGAUCUCUCUCAAUUCGGCCAACUUUAGCGCCGACCCGUUCCUGUACAUGUUCCUGGCAGGUCUCAUGGAGCUCCCUUCGUACACGCUGACCAUCCCCUUCGUCGUGAAAUUCGGGAGGAAGGCCCCCCUCGUCGCCUUCUUCGUCCUGUGUGCUGUGGGGACGCUGGUGCUCAUGGUGUUGCCUGGAGGUCGUGACACAUGGUGGUUCCUGUCGGUCGUCAUGGCGAGCAAGUUCUGCAUCACCUCCGCCUACCAGGUCAUCUACCUCUACUGCAGCGAGUUGUAUCCGACGUGUCUUCGGACCCGAGGCCUGGGCGUCACUUCGAUGGUUGGCCGCACGGGGGCAAUAAUAUCACCCUUCAUCACGGACAUGUUGGGCGUGUACCACUGGGCCAUCCCGAGCACCAUCUUCGGCGCCCUGAGUCUCGUCGCCGCCUUCCUCACCUGCCUUCUGCCGGAGACCAACAACCGCCCUCUGCCCGACACCAUAGCAGAUGUGGAGGCGUUUCCGCUCUCUCAUGCGAGCAACAGGCGCCCAAAUGCUCAUCCAGCCUCAGCAUCCACGGGAGAGGAGGAUGCUGAAGAACCUUGCAUCUCGCCCACCAGCGCCACAUCAUCUGUCUGAAUGUCUUUCAUUUGUCAUCUGUUUAAUAAAUUUUACGAAGAACUAAA